AAUGUGACUGAAUGCAACUGAAGACCACGUGAAAACCCUGAAAACUGCGGAUCUGUUUUUGUUGUGUUUUUGACGUGGUUUUAACUAAAAUAUUCUGUUUCAUUGAAAAAAUGAUAAGCUUAGAAACUUCUGUAAAAGUGGGAAAAUCUCCAAAGAAACUUCCAAUCGCAAUGAGCGAAGAAGAUGAAUCAGGAUCCGAAACUGGAUCGGAAAACGUUCAUUCCAUGGAUGGAGAAGAAAAUAUGGAAAGUGCAGACGAAGGAAUUGACAAUAGUUCCGGAGAUGAAGGUGAUAAUUCAAAUUUAGAAGAUGAGGCUGAAAAAAAUUCAUCUGCAGACAGCGUCAUGGAUAAAACAAAAGCAAAUCCCAAUUGGGCAGAUGCCAUGCGAAAGGUUUUACACACGAAAAAACCGAAACGGAAAAAAACGAUUGUUUUAUCAAAGGCCAGGAAACUUUGCGACAUUGUUGCCAAAGAGAAAAAGGAAUCUCUGCCUUUUGAAAUUGAAGGCACUGAUGGCGAAAUUACGAAAGAAAUAGCGGUGAAAAAAGAGACCGAGGAAGAAAAGAAAAAGGAAGAGGCUGGCCAGAAAAAACGGAGAAGGAAAGAAAUUAAAACUGGAAUCAGAAUUAAGCCGUCGAUUUUGGACAGAGAAAGGGAAAGGACUCUUCAGAAAAUUGCUACAAAAGGGGUUGUACAAUUAUUUAAUGCAGUUCGACAACAACAGAUGGAAAUUGAGAAAAAAUUGGUGGAGGCUGGUCCCGUGGAAAGGAAACGCGAAAAAGUUCUCAAAAAUAUAGAUAAAAGAGCGUUCCUCGAUGUUCUCAUGGGCGGAACGAAAAGCAUUUUAGUUGACGAGACAAAAACUAAAACUGAAAAUGAAAAAGAAGAACCUGAGGAGGGUAAAAAGGUUUGGAAAGUGUUGAGGGAAGAUUUUGUGAUGGGUGCGUCGUUGAAGGACUGGGACAAGAAAAAACCGGAAGUAGAAGAUGAUUCUUCCGGUCCAGAAGAAGUCGGGAGUGACGAGUGAACUGGCACAGGUGAAAAUAAAUAAAUAUAAAAUAUAAAUAAAUAUUUCAAGCAAUUGCAUCAAUUGCUUCAUCUGUAGAUUAUUAUUACUGGCAAUACUGAAUUUUUUUUUAUUCAUCCAUAUCCGAUUAUUAAUGAA